CCCCAUGAAUACCAUACCCCAUCAACAACUCGGGCUCACAUAUUACGCGAAGCUCGGAUAGCUCGAUACUACCGUUCAACCCCCGCGAGAGCAAAGGAUGGUGAUCACUGCUGCCCAAUCAAUCCGAGCCCAAGGUUUUCAAACGUAAAAAAGUCACCUUCUACGACGAUAAGCAAGGGUACCGGGGCUCCAGGAAGGAAUACCGGUGUCAUGACAGCUGUUGCCCCGCUUGGCAGAUCCCCUGCAUUGGAACUCUGCGUUUGUGGACAUUAGCCUACCACCUGGUGCCCCUUUGGACCGGUUUGCCCAGCUGUCUUGUACCGUCUUUUUCCUAUAUAAUUGGCAACCAAUUUUUCCACACAGUAGAGGAAAACAGUCCGCCUUUUCGUCCGGAGAUUAGUAUUGAGUGAGUUACCAUCAAAAAAUAUUCAAAAUUGGGUCCCCACACUCCAAACCCCAACGGGAGGAUAUCAAGCCAAAGAAAGUGAUGGAGGCUCUCCCGAAAAAUAUCACAAUUGAAGCAAAGCCCUAUCCAUACACCUUUCCGCUCUCUUCGACUGCUCUUCUCUUGAUAGAUCUUCAACGUGACUUUAUCCUCCCCUCGGGUUUCGGCGAUAUACAGUCUGGGAUGAAUCUCGCAGCGGUAACGGCGGUUGUUCCUAAUUGUGUUCGAAUUCUUCAAGCAUUUCGUGAAUUGGAACUUCCCAUCUUCCAUACUCGCGAAGGGCACCUCCCAGAUCUUUCCGAUUGCCCAUCCUCAAAGCUGAAUCGUCAGGCAUCUGCACCUGGAACCAACCAUUCAAAGGUUAUAGGGGACCCUGGGAAAUUGGGAAGAUUACUGGUGAGGGGGGAGCACGGGCAUGAUAUUGUGGAUGAGUGCCAACCGAAGCUAGGGGAAGUGGUUGUGGAUAAACCUGGAAAAGGAGCAUUUUGGAAUACAAAUUUGUCGGAAGAGUUAGUCGGAUGGGGAAUCACACAUUUGAUUGUCGGGGGUGUUACAACUGAGUGUUGCGUGACAACCACGGUGCGGGAAGCCAAUGACCGCGGAUUUGAGUGCUGUAUAAUUGAGGAAUGCGCCGCCGGAUAUAAUGAUAGCUUCCAAGCGCCAUCUUUAAACAUGAUCCAUUGGUCGCAGGGACUCUUCGGCUUUGUCUCUUCUCUUCCAAAUCUCUUAAAAGAAUUAGCCUCGGUACCCUCCCCGGGCGCUCCCGUUCCAGAUCUGGGUCUCGAAAGCCCCCCAUCAACCCCGCCAAUAUGGGAUGGGCGUUUAACCCUGGCUGCUCUUCGGAAAUCCUACAGAUCUGGACUACCCCCUGUCACGGUCAUUACUGGUCUCUACGCUAGAAUUGAGGACUACAGUCAAACAAAGUCAACAUUUAUACACCUCGUUGACCGAUCAGCUUUGAUAUCCUACGCCGAAUCACUUCAAAAACGGUUCCCGGACCUCGCCAAUCUCCCACCCUUAUACGGCGUACCUUUCACUUUGAAAGACUCCAUAAACGUUGCUGGGAUUCCAACAACCCUAGCAUGUCCUCCGCUCGCCCAUAUACCAUCGCGCUCCUCAAAGGUAUAUUCGCGGUUGAUAUCCCUGGGUGCUGUUUACAUUGGCAAAACCAACUUGGACCAGUUUGCAACAGGCCUGACCGGCUGCCGUUCCCCGUACGGAGUCCCUGCUUCCGUUUACAACCCGGACCAUGUCUCUGGCGGAUCCUCAUCGGGAUCUGCGGUUUCAGUAGGGGCGGAAUUGUCAUCCUUUGCCGUAGCCACUGACACCGCUGGGUCUGGGCGCGUUCCAGCAGGCUUUAACGGCGUGGUUGGGUGGAAGCCUACAAAGGGUACUGUUUCCUUCAGCGGGGUUAUGAAUGCCUGUGAGUCGCUAGACUGCCUAUCAUUUAUGGUCACGUCAGCGGGAGGUGUAAAGGAUGUCCGAAAACUCUGGAAUCUUGUUAGAGGAUAUGAUCCAGAUGAUCCAUACUCGAAAAUGCCGGGAUCACUACCGCUACCGAUGGUAGACGCGUUGGGUGGGAAGAGGUGGAAGUUUGCCAUCCCGGAUAGGAAGGCCGUGGCAGAGUGUUCUCCAGAAUAUCGGAAACUAUUUUACCAAGCUAUCGGGGGCCUCCACGAGAUUGGGGGGGAAGUUAAAGAAGGUGACUGGGGACUCUUUGAAGAAGCUGGAAGGCUUUUGUAUGACGGCGCUUUAGUGAAUGAGCGGCUUGCCGCUUUGCCAGACAAUAAAUGGGUGGAAAGGGAGAGGGACGAGUUGCACCCGAUGACCGGGCUCACAAGAAAGGUCAACGCCACGCUCUUCAACCCUUCCCACUCGUCGUAUAUCGACGUCCUGAUAGUCCCAACUGCCCCAUUCCAUCCUCGGAUCUCUGCAGUUUUGAAAGAUCCCAUCGCAAUAAACUCCCGUUUGGGAACCUUCACGCACUUUGGUAAUGUUUUAGAUUUGUGCGCCAUCGCGGUUCCGGCAGGACACUACAUGGAAGACGAGAAAAAGAUGCCGUUUUCCAUUACUUUCUUGGGAAGAGGUGGCUUUGAUGCAAGAGUUCUAGAAAUUGCGAGCCUGUUUGAGGGACUUGUCGGCGCUGGGGCUAGGGACUCGGUUUGAGAUGUAUGUAGCGACUGUUGAUCAAGUGUAGGUAGUGGUUCAUUUUAGCACAAUCACGUUUCAUUAUUCAUAGUGAGAGAUUCCUUUUCUAGGACUUGCAUUAAACCUAUAUAACAACUUA